AUGGCCUCGAGAUACGCCUUCAGCACCGGUUUGAAGGAACUCCGGUUCCUCUUCUGCCAUUCCUCUGCACACGGCGAUGCUACCAGAACGUUCCUCAAACGAGCAUACCCCACCAUGAAGAAGAACAACCCAUCGACACCGAUAUUGAUACGGGAGGCACUCGAUAUCGAGCCAAGGGUAUUCGCUAGAUAUGAGUUCGGGAAGGAGAAACAGGAAACGCUCUUGGGUUUAACGGAUAAGGAGAUAGAACAGAAGGUGACCGCCCUCGUGAAAAAUCAGGGACAGCCCGAACAAUUGUGA